AUGUUUAGAGGAAGCAACAAUCGUCUUAAUGAAGCUCGGAGAGAGAGAAAUAAUGCAAACAGGUAAUGAAUAUUAUUAUAAAUAUUUAAAACUUUGGAAAUUUUUUCAACAUUUUUUUGAUUUUCCAGUGUUCUGUACCAGGUUAUCUUUUGUGCUUGUGUAUCACUAAGCAGCUGAUAUUUUAAUCUCAAAAGUGUCUGUUUGCAUGCACAGGUUAUUUGACUCACAGAACAAUAACCGUGGUGGAUACAAUGUUGGAAAGUUAUAUUACUAUGAAGGCUCAGUCCUGUCUAUUGAGUGGUGAGAAUCCUUUGAUAGAUUACAGAUUUAUUUUUCAAUGAGAUUUAUGAUGAUGAUGGCGAAGUCUUAGUUGGAAAAAAAAUCAGACUUGACAGAUGCCCUACACUGCACACACAAAUAUUGACUCUUUAACUCCUAGAAGUGAUUAACAUGUAACUUCUCCCUAAGAUAUCCUCACCUCAUUCAAUAAACGGGUCAUAAGAAAACUAAAACUUAUCAGGUAGAAGUUGUCAUCUUCAUCCAACAAAUUCUCGUUACUAAUUUACAAAGAAAUGGGUGGCUGCUAGAGGGGAGAACCAACAAUCAGAUCUUGGGAGUUAAAGGGUUAAGCUGUUUACAACUGUAGCUCCAAAGGCCCAAUAUUUUUAGGAGUUUUGUAGUCAUAUGACAAUAAAAUACCCUUUCCUUUAGUUAAACAUGUUAUUUACAAGAAAAAGUAAGAAAAUAGAGAGGGGUCCAGAGUGUUACUUUUAGGCAGAGGUAGGUAAAGGCGUGCUUAAGCUACCUCAGCACCAAAAGUCUAAUUUAUUUAUGAGUGUUCUGACAUCUAAAACGGAGGCAAAACAUGAAUGGUACAUGUGCAUUAACCCAUGAAAAAUUUGCUCCCAUAAAUAGAUUGCCUCCUACUUGGGUGUAAGUUGAUAUUUUAUUGAUAUUUGGUUGAUACUCAUUUCAGGACAAAUCAACAUUCUUGUGCAGACCCUAACAACCAUUGUGAUAUGAUUUUACAGUACAUGUGUGGGGAUGAUGUACGUGAUGGAAUCACUACACAGUAAGUUAUAUAAUCUCAUUGUGUGGCUCUUUGGGUUCUGACUUCUUUUUAAAGUACCUGUGUCAAUUCAUUUUCUAGAACCAUUCCAGACAAUCCUGCAUUGUGCCAGAAUUAUGACUGUAACAGUGAUGUUAGGUGAGUAGUGAAAUUUCCAGUCUUUUCGGUGGCCUUAAUUGGUUGCUAAUUGUGACUUACUGUUCAUCACUGAAUGUGUGACAUAUUACCACUGACUUUUUGGAUUAUUAUUCUGAUUCUCCUGGCCUGUGUUCUAUUAGCGCUGCUGCCUAUGGUAUUAUGACCCAAUUAAGAGACCAAUAAAAUCUUUGUUGUUGUUGUUGUUUUUUUGUUGUUUGAGAGAUGCAGUGGCCUUUUGUUAGCACUCUGGACUCCAGGUUGGGAGGUCUGCAUUUGGGCAAAGCACUUACCUCUCACAAUACCUCUCCCCACCCAGGAUAAAAAUGGAAAAACUGUCAGUGAUGGAAGGCUGUUAAAAUACUAAGGGGGGGGGGGGGGAAAGGGUAGUAACCUGCAAUGGACUAGCAUCCAUCCAAGGGACUCACCCUCUCACUCCCAAGAUCUCAUUAGUAAUUCUCCUUACUAUCUGCCAUACAAUUCUUAUGAUGUUAGCUCAGGGAAUUUGGUAUUGGAUCAACCAAUGAUUCCCUAAUUGCCAUUUUUCUUUAUUCUCAACACUUGUCUGUUUGAUAUUGUGUUGGAAUUGUAAGGAGAAGUUCUGUCUUGAUCACUCAUGGGAGAGAAAGGGUUAAAGAAAUACUCCUAGAGUUUUCUCUUGCUACAGAGACUACAAUAUGCUCUGACCAGAUGAGCCGCUUGGCUUGAUUGGCAUAAAUUUUACUUAAAUUUUUCUCUGACAGAUUUGGAAUGCAUGAGGACUAUGAUUAUUACAUGGAUUGUAAAUACAGGGAUCGAAACAAAGGUCUUUUUACUGCUGAUCAGGUAAUGUGCAGAGAUGAAUGCUGUUUUUAUCUUCAUUUGAUUAUUGUACUAUUGAUUUGUCUAAAGGGGAGACUGGGUCCUUUCUUGUAUCACCCUUAGGGAGAUACCUGUAAGGAGAAGAUCCAGGAAUUUUUGAUGGAAAGGGUUCAAACUUUGAUUCAGAAAAUGCAACUUUUUUAUGUAAUAGGCUGAAUAAGCUAAGAAUUAUUGCAUAAUAAAUUAAAGACCUUGCAUUACAAAGAGAUGUAGAGUUCUAUCAUUGCACAAAUUUUUGGCAUCAGGUUAGUGGUAAAAAACUCAUGUGUCUGAUGGGAGGGGGGGGUGCAGACCCUCAAACCCUCUCCUUUGAACUGCCAUUGAUAAUGAGUUGUGGUGUAAGGACUGAAGUGAAAUGAGAAAUGCAAAGGAAAGAGAAUAUAAGAGAGAGCCUCAUGCUCUCACCCCCCCCCCCCCCACCCUUUCCUUCUCCUACACCACCUGAUAUCCACUUAAUCCUUUAACUCCCAAAUUAUUAACAUGUAUCUUCUCCCUACAAUAUCCAUACACUAUUCAGCCAACAGGUUAUAAGAAUGUUCAAAAUUAAGUUAUCAGCUCAAAGUUGUUAUCUUGAUUUAACACCAAAUUAUUGUAAUUAAUUUAUACACAGUACUUUUUCCUGAAAUCUGUCUUUCUUUGUAUUCCGAUAGAAGCUGAAGAGGCUAUCUGCCACUGCAACCAGGCAAAACCCUGGGGGAACAAGGCGUGGCUAUGAAUGUCCUGAAGAGAGAGACUACUAUCCUUAUUGGCACCCCACCCCAUGGAAGGACAUUGCCGUGUUAACCAAUGAUAUUUCGAGAUGUGGAUUGUACCAGUCAGAAAGCCAGAAUGUGAAAGAUCGCUACGCUUGCGAAUUACCCAAAGAAUACCUGAAGGCUAAGAGAUGGAGGAAUUACAGGAUACCAAACAACGAGGAGGAAUGCAAGGUAUAGCUGUUACUAUAAUGGUGAUAAAAAAAUGCUGCAUCAGGGAUGAUAAAGUAUACAAGACUAUAAGAACAUUCUUGAACGUGAUUGGUUGUAACUAGCCCGAUUUCUAGUGAUCAUAUAGUGACCAAGUAGAGUCCAAUUCGGUAACAAACUCAAACAGACGACCGCGAAGCGGUAGUCCGAUUUGUAAAUCACGAGUAUGAUUACAGACAGAACUGGAAGACACAAAGUAUUGUCACCAAUUAAUCAAAACUAUGAAAUAAUUUAGGAAAGAAACUAAACAUCGGUUAGACGUUUUCAUAAAAAAUACAACAGUUAACUCGGCGAAAUGCGAAAAGACAGCGCGCGCACAUGACGCGUGCUGUCCACUUACACAGGCAUGAAGUGUUAACUGUCCUUUUAACUUUCCUUUCACACUGUCCAAUUACAAGCAUGACGCGUACACUGUCCUAUUAGUGCUAAAAUCGGGCUGGUGAUGACUAAUCACGUUCGAGAAUUGUGUUACAGAUUUGAUUAGAGCGCGACAUAGAACAGUGUAGUUUUGAUCACUAAUGCUGCCGGCCUCUCGAAACCUCUACUCGGCAUACAUAAGAGUCUAUUCUGUGGCCAACUGAGAUCCUGUCUCGGUCACUUUUGGGCAAAUGUAAUUUUUCGCGAUCGCAACAGUAUCAACUUUUUAUUCGCCAAUCUUCCAUUUUUUAAAUUCCUACCUACCAGAAUGUUUUUACCCCUAAAAUCUAGAAAAUGUGCGACCCCAUUCCUGUAACUCGACGGAAAAUGCAAUUCUCUUAUUGUCAAUCCAGUCGUGAAAAUAAGACCCCGUGUUUUUUUGUUUGUUUUUUUUUUUACCUUUUUUCAAUGUAAGAAAGUAGCUGAAAGAAAAAUUAAGACCGUGGAUUGAAAUACCGCGUGCCUAAAUUAGAGGCAUGGUGCGCACGUGUAGACUUUUUUUAUCGCGUGUCACUCGUAAGCAAUUUAUUCUUUGUAAUCUGUUCUUCAAGGCAUUAAAUGCAACGUGGAAGAGGUUCCCGUCACAUGACCUCGAUGCUCCAGAGUGCCGGGAAUCCGCCUGGUCACGUGACAAUCAUCUUGGCAACGGAAUGGGUGGUUACGCCAAUAACUAUAACUGGACGCUACCCAAGUUGAAUCACGAAAAUUGCGUCUUGCGAAUAAGGUGGGGUUCCUGAUAAAGGCUUUGUCUUUGACUUGUGUAUAAUUGUAGCCCUGAAGCUUUGUGAUUUAGUUACGCAUUCGUGAUACCACAGUAAGGCCGAACCUGUUGAUUUGUAGAGAUUUAAGGAAGCUCUGAAUUUUUUUUCUUAAUAUUGAAGAAAGAUGAAUUUUGAUAUGUUGGUGAAUGACUUUUUCAAUAAAGCUUAAAACGAAGCGGUAAUUUGCAUAGAUACACGUUAUUAGGUAAACUUUGAGCUUGAAAAGUCUCGAGUUUUCUAUUUACCUCCUGUUCGCUUCGUUUUACUGACACAUCUGUUUUCUUCUUUAUCUUUUGUCGAAUUUUGCGUUACAGCGGUUGUUGCAUAUGUUUUGCUUUAAAACGUUUUCGCGGGAAAUUGACGCGCGCGGCCGGGUAAAAUUUAUCCACUUGGACAUGCGCGACGUUUGACCGCUGAGAUGCGUAGGUAACGCAUGUUCAAUUUCCUUUUUGCUCUUUGGUGAAGCAGAUUUGUCAUCUUCAUUAGUUUGCGUUUAAUGAACAUUUCCUUCAGGUACAAUAUUUCCACUGGCGAUUAUGACGGUUGGGACUCCUCAGUAAACAGCUCCGUGAAUGGAAUAAAGCUUGACGUGGGAGAGAAGUACGGAAUGAACAAGACAGUGGCAGCCCAAAGAGGUUACGUCUACAAACAGAAUCCUAUAGUAAAACUGUUCCCGUCUUUUGAUUUGAAGCUCAGAUUGGCAAUUAAUACAAAUCAAUAUGGCCGAGUUUUUCAAGACAGGUGGGUUCAUACUACGCGUCAAAUAUCCCCACAAAAUAACGAUAGCCGCAGAGAUAACGCGGGGGGUUGCCAAGUUUUUCGUAUAGGGGGUGGCCAGUAUUUUUUUCGGAGGAGGGGCAAAGUGUAGUUGGUGAUAACGUUGUCUGUCAGUGGGCUCGUACUUAAAGCAACAAGGACCUGCAAAUGGCGUAUUCAGUAUUAAAUACUAAAAAAGAUUUAUACCAUGAAGAUUCUUUACGUGCGCAUGCUUCUUCAAUUCUGAAUUAUCAUGUUAAUAUGCUGUUGAUUGAAGGAAAAUAAUUAUCUUACCAGGAGAGGGGGGUCACGCCCUUAAAACUUUGACGAUGACGAUAUUGAAAACAAUACACAUGCCCGAGAUAGAGAGACUGGUACUAGGCCAUCUUGUCUCCUACCCAGGCUCUCUGGUCAAGGUAAGGCAGUAUUAGGAGACAGAACGAUCCCCAUUCUCCCCCCUCUCCCAACGGCCUCUUCUCUCGAAACUCCUGGGUCCUUCCAACCGAAUCCUGUUCGUAGGCUUUUAUUCUAUAGAUUGCUAAGUCUCACACUCAUAGUCCAUCUGUUCACAGAAUCUUUGAGUCGUUUCAUCGCAACAAUUAUCUUUAAUAAUCUACAUCUGGAGUCAUCAUUAGUUUACUUUUCCUAGGUCCCACACAUUCGCAGUACGCCCCCGGCCAUCUGAUCUGGAAGGUGUCCAUAUUCACAAUUUGAAUGUUCGUGGGAAGCGCGGCAACAUUGUUCAAGUUUAUCCCGGCGUAGAGUACGACUUUUUUCCCAACUCCAUGUUCGUGAAAGAUGGUGACUACAUCCACUUUCAGUGAGUAAAACUAUGGAGAAAUGUUUUUGUUAUAUAAUGCACUUUCCAAUUACGUGUUGUUGAAACCCAAACCAGAUUUAUCAAAACGCCAAUCAGAGAGAAGAAAAAAUAUCACAACCAAGUCAGCGGUUGAUAUCAGUUUCACAUCUGAUUGGUUGAGGGCGUGGCGCUAGGUUUCUGGACCAAUCACAAAGCGAAAUAAAGCAAACCAAAUGCAAUCCUAGAUUAAUUUCGACAUUCAGUUGAAAAUAGCUCUAUUAGCACCAGUAUUGGGACAAUAUUGGCGCAAAAUGGUAAUGUUAAUCCUAUCCAUUAUCAGGUGGACUGGUUCAAAUUCGAACCCCAAUAACAACGAUGGACAGGGAAAAGCCGGAACAGAUCGAUCAAACGUGGUCUUACUGAAAGAGAACGAAUGGCGUAGAAACUACCCGCCACAUCUGGACAGUACCACCUUUUUAGGUUUGGAUAAGAACAGUCUGCAUAACCUGGCGGUCUUAGACAACAGUAAGUAAAGUCAGAAAACCUUUAUGUUGCCUUUUUAGUCUUCACAUCUAGGACUGAUAUAAGUUAGCGAGUGCUUCUUAGACACGAGUGUUUCCGCGUGUUUUGCUUUUACGCCUAGUUUACCAUCAACUUCACAGGUUUCCAGAGUCUUUUCUCCGGCGUAUUUUUAAGGAGAAAAAGGCCCUGUGAAAUUGACUUUUCCUUCCUGAGGACUUUCUUCUUCAGAAUGAAUACCACCAACCCCAGCCAAUCAGAAUUCAGGAAAGGAAAUCGACAAAAAGGGUCAACCAAUUAAAAGUCAUUGUGUACUUUCUUGCAAAAGAGUAACGUCAUAGGACACGAUUUGUGUCAGGUUUUCGUAGACGUUCCCUCCCUUCCGUUUCACCUGGGGUGGGGGGGGGGAAGGGUAGGGCUACCCGUAGGCUAGAUGAAUGGUGAUAUGUGGUUGUGUUUGAUGACUUGCAGUGUAUGAUUAUAUAUGAAAAUGUACGAUGUAUGUCAAUAAACAAUGCUAUAUGAUAUGGUGAUAAGAGAAUAUCAACUGAUAUUCUCUUGAUGUUGUUAUAUUUUGAUUUAUGAUAAUUAUAUGUGAUAAUUUAUGAUGACGUUUGAUAAUGUAUGAUAAUUUACGUAAAAACUAACAGGUCAGUUUGGAGGUGACAUGUCAGAGCUGGACGAUGCCGGAACAUAUUUUGACUUGGGACCAAAGAAAGUGACUGGAACAGGAACAUAUCAUUACAUGAGCACCAGAAACAACAACUUUUCAAAUCGCAGCCAGAAAGGAAAGAUCAUUAUCUCAAAUACAGAGCGAAUUGAGAAAAUGAUCGGCAGAACUGGCGGGAAGCUAGUGUUUAGUGAGUAAGUGUUGCAGAAUUGUCAUUUUUUUCUGUCUUUUUUUCUGUCUUUUUUUCUUUCUUUCGUUCUCUUUAUCUUUCUUUUUUUCCUUUAAUUUUCUCUCUCUUUCUCUUUUUCUCUCUUUCAUCUUUAUUUCUCUCUUUUCUUUGUUUCGGUUUUCUCUAUUUCUCUAUCUUUUUCUCCCAUCGUCUUUUCUCCCAUUCCCUUUUCUCCCAUCCUCUUUUCUCCCAUUUUCCUUUCUCCCAUUCUCUUUUCUCCCAUUCUCUUUUCUCCCAUUUUCCUUUCUCCCAUUCUCUUUUCUCCCAUCCUCUUUCUAUUUCUCCCAUUUUCCUUUCUCCCAUUCUCUUUCCUCCCAUUUUCCUUUCUCCCAUCCUCUUUUCUCCCAUUUUCCUUUCUCCCAUCCUCUUUUCUCCCAAUUUUUUUCUUUUCUCCCGUUCUUUCCAUCCUUCUUCCUUUCUUUCUUUCUUUCACUAAUCCAUUCUUUCAUUCAAAUAUUCCUUUCCCUAUUUUAUUUCUUUCAUUCCUUUUUUCAUUCUUUCUCUCUUUUUUUCGUUUGUAUCUUAAUUGUUAAAAUAAUGUAUCUUUAACGUUAACCCUUCAAACCCCAAGAGUGACCAGCAUCAAAUUUCUCCCUUCAAUAUCACCCCUGAAUCACGCGUCAAGGUCAUGAGAAUAAAGGAAAUGAUCACCAACUAAAUAAUCUUUUGAUUGGUAAACAAAUUCUCCUCGUCAGCACAUUAGGAAAUGCAUAAAGAGCAGUAUGGAGAAUAUGCAUACUGAUGUUAAGUUUGUAAAGAGUUAAACCCUUAUUUUUCAUUUUCCCAUUAGUGGUCAGCAUGUGACCUUUGAGGCAGAGGCUCUAUCUCAGUUACAGCCAAUCAGUGUCGAGCUUAUGUCGGCAGAAGAUGGCGACAAAAUGAUCGAGGAGAGAGGAGGUAGAAUGGGUGUUGGUAGUGGGUACGCGAGCGCCUUUUUAGCUGUGAACCCACACUCGUUAGAGACGAACAAAAAGUUCAAAAUCGGAAUGAAGAUUGAUUCCAGUGCGGCGUCUAAAGUGCAGUUUUAUCGUUCCUCCGACGAUAUGGAUCUAAAAACUUGGUACAAAGUGGACUCUACCAUUUCAGACGACUUUGCCACAGUAGAGACAGAUAAAGGUAAUACGUUUAUUAGUUCUCCUAUUCAUUGUUCGCCCAAUAUCUAGGAUGAAUCUAGUAAGUCAUCACAAGUUAUGCUACGUGCUUACUACGGGACGUUUAUGUGUGUUCUUUUCGAAUGAGCUGGGAGUUGUGAGUGGGAGUUAACCGAAGCGUUGUAAUAGAAUCGUUAAAUCAAGUGAAUAAACCAUGACAUAAUAAGGAAGCGUGGUACAGCUUUUUCACCUUUUCGAAAGUCCCUUCCUGCAACUGUAUAAGUGUGCGUUUCCUUGUAAAAGAAAUGCCAAAACAUUGGCGAUUGCUUUAUAGGCAAUUCUAAUGCUGCUUAUCAGAACGCUUUUCGACCAAUUGUGAUAAAGCCAGUGCUAAAGUUAUAGCGAUGACCAAUCAUAACAAAGAAAAUAUCAAAAGAAGCCAAUAAAAAAACUCCAUGUAGAAACAAGGAAACCGACUGUAAAAGCGCGGGAAAACGUGAGAGGUAAAAACGUGGGAAAGCGUGAGAGGUCAAGUCGCGAUUAAACUUAGCCAGCAAUGCAUUUUAUUGGUCGAGAGCAUGGCGCAAGUUUUGCUGACCAAUCACAGACCAUAGUAAGACAAAACCAAUUCCAGUCCCACUCUCUUAUAAUCUCGAUAACGAAAACUUGCUAUUUUGAGUAACCUCUUGUUUAAUUUUUUUUUCUAGGCGGAAUCUACGUGGCACGAACCGUGCCUGACAAAGCCGCUAUAGCCGGGAUAGUGAUCAUGUGUCUUGUUAUCGUGAUUGCGAUUGGUGGAUCAGUAUUUUACUUCAGACGUCACCCAGACAAAUGGCAGAAUCUUAAGACAUCUGUUGUGAAUGGAUGCCGCUCGUGCAAAGGCAAAGUUUGAUCAAAUAUGAGAUUAGAAGAAGUUAUUUAACGGGUUUUUGUUCCGUAUGAAACUCAGGGUUAACGUUGUCAUUUGCAAUCUGUGUAAAUCUGCCUUUCUUUUCCAUCCGUGUUCUAUUUGUGUUGAUCCCUAUUUAGCUUGGGAUCAGGCCUUCAUUAUCAUCGGUGCAAGACGUGCGUUUCUCCGCCCGCGGGAAGACUUGAGACGAGUCGGGGAGAGGUCUGGUAUUAAUUAUUAGUGUUAGACCCCGUGCACAUCUCGUACUUUCCGCGAGCGAAGAAAUGGCUGUGCCGAAGCGCUAAUAAUGAGGACCUGCACUACGCCAUGUUGUUUUUCUAUCUGAGCAAACUACUCUUUAACAGUUAACCUCUCGCGGAGUGAAGUUUUCUGCGCCUCUGGGUUGAAACGGUUCAAAAUCUCGUUGUGUAGCUUCUUGGUAGACAAAGAAAGGAAUAAUGCAGUGUAUGAAUGGAAAGUUUUCGAAUUCAUUGUCUUAAUUGUUACUGAUAGAGUUUAGAAAAAAUAUUUAAUUGUUAAAUGGUUUCCUAGAGAGUAUAUAUCCGAAUUGAAAUAUUGAUAUAAAGCACCUAUAGUGAUUUGGAGUCUUAAAUUAAGUUUACACAACGGCCAACCAGAACCAGAAAGAUUAUCACAAACUUGUGAACAAUGAGAUUUGUAAACUUUUAGUUAUCUUGAGACGAGGAGCUUUUGUGCACAUGCGCUUGAUAUUUUGUCGCGCCUGCGCAAACUAUGUUAGCCACGCUCUGUUCACGUGCAGCAGCAUUGGCAGGCUCAAAAACAACAGCGUUAGAAUUUCGUCAGUCAUGCGCAAUCAUUAUUUUAACGAGGUCCCUGGUUGUUAUCAGUGGUUUAUUAAAGUAUCACGCGAAUGUGUGCAAAGGUUCUUUUCAGAUUGAGAAAAAUUUAAAGUUUAUCACAGUUUCGUAGGUUCAUGUGUUUGAUCAGAUCAGAGGUUCAAAGUUUUCUGUGUGAAUACUUAAAUUCAAGAUUGCGAUUGUCAUACGAUGUAAAUAUUAAAUCAACAGAUAAGUGUUGAGUAAAUUUAAUGUAAUUUUGACGAAGAUUAACUUUGUGGUCAGAAUUGACGAGGUUGCUGGUUCAACCUCCCCAACCAUGAGAUUACGAUUCCUUCAUCGAAUUUUUAAGAUUUUUUUUUACGGACUUGACUCGGGAGUGCUUUUUCAGUAUCAUUUGUUAUUGUCGUUUGUAAUAAAGUGGUUGC